UACCAUAGAUAGGGUAGGUGUAGGUGUACAGAGUAAGUCUGUUAUAGAACUCCAGACGCUGUAGGGAAGGGAAAGAAGGGGAAGUGCACACUGCAUCUGGAUCACAUUGGGAUAUAGGAUUAAAGCGCACUGUUGCUAUUGUGGUAAAAAGGGUGAAAAGCCAUUUUAACUAUAUCAAGAAGAUACAGCUUUCAGCAUGGCUAACGAGCCGCUCAGAUCGGCAAUGGCUAAUAUUGGACUGGUGGAUGACACGUCUUUAGCGCUACCUUCUGAUCGCAAACUGCGGUCAGGGCAACAGCGUGUUCUGGACCAGGUGCACACAAUCAAGAGGAGCAAGUCCAAAUAUGGCUCGGGAGGACCUGUUUCUCCUACAAGUCCUGAAAGUCAGUCCAAAAUAAAUGGAUUUGGUUCAUUUAAGUUCAAUCCACAAAAGAUAAAUGGAAGCACUUUAUCUAGAAGCACAGCAAGUGGGAACUCUUUCUAUGGAAGACUGGUAAGCCAGCAAAAGAGCUUCCCUCCAAACACAUUUCAAAACAGGACUACAACAAGGAGAAUUGUGAGCUCCUCAAGCCAGAGGGAGUUUGGCUUCUUGCCUGCCAGUCCACCCAGUGGCAAUCCAGUACUAAAGCCUAGCCGCAGCGAUCCCGAACUGGCGGUUUUCUCCACAAUCCAAAGGCCAGCAGUUCGCAGUGCAACAGUCAAUGUCAAAACCAAUCGGAGCAGUGUGCAAACUGUACAGAGCCCUUCUUAUCAACAAAGCCCCAGCCAGCCUCGCUUCAGAGUACCCUCUGUCAACUCGAGCAAGCUAGGGUCAAAAAUAUCUGUAACAAAGAGCAAAUCUGAGCAGAUUGGAAUAAAUGGGGAUGUGACACAAGCUGAUAUAACCAUGCAAGAAGCUGUGGAGUAUCUGUCUAGCAGAGAUGAAAACUACCAACACUGUGGUUCGUCUUUCAUCCAACACGCCACCUUCAAAGAUGACAAGGCAAAGCAAGAGGUUUACAGGCUUAAUGGAAUCCCCAGUCUUAUCAGUCUGCUUCAAAGCUCCAACCCUCAAAUUCAGCAGACAGCUUCUGCAGCCCUUCGCAACCUCGUGUUUAAGGACAGCACCAAUAAGCUGGAGGUGAAAAGAUGCAGUGGGAUUACUGAAGCUGUGAGACUGCUCAGGGAUACAGACUGCACUGAGACUCAGAAACAGCUGACAGGCCUCCUGUGGAACUUGUCUUCAGCAGAUGAGCUUAAGCCUGAGCUGAUCAAAACUGCUCUUCCAGUGCUUACAGAAAAUAUUGUGGUGCCCUUUGCUGGAUCAGCAGAGCAGAUGACCAGUGUCAAUAGCAAUAUGGACCCAGAAAUGUUCUACAACGCCACAGGCUGUCUUAGAAACCUAAGCUCUGCACAACAGGGUGAACGCCAAACCAUGAGGAAGUGCCGUGGAUUGGUUGACUCUCUGAUGAGCUAUGUUCAGGCCUGUGUGAGCGCCGACAGGCCAGAUGACAAGUCUGUGGAGAACUGUGUGUGCAUCCUGCAUAACCUAACGUAUCAGCUGGAGACUGAGGCCCCUAGCAGCUUCACCACAAUCAAUGCUCUUGCCAGUUCACCUACCAGAGACAUGGCCAGCAAAAAUUCUUCAGCAGUUGGCUGUUUCAGUGGUCAAAGCAGCAAGAUUGAGCAGGACAUGAAUACAUUUGACUAUCCAGUGAUGGAGGACAACAAUCCUAAGGGAGUGGGCUGGCUCUUCCAUUCCAAAGCCAUGCAGAUGUAUCUGUCCCUUCUGCAGAACAGCAACAAGGACUCAACUCUUGAGGCCUGCGCUGGAGCUCUCCAGAAUCUUACUGCCAACAAGGGAAUAGUGUCCAAUGUAAUGAGCCAGACAAUUGUGCAGAAACUGAAUGGACUACCAGAGAUCGCUCGGCUGCUUCAGUCAUCUAACCCCAGCCUGCAGAAAACUGCCAGCUCUCUGCUGGGGAAUAUGUCCCGGACCCCAGGCCUACAAACCACCAUGGCUCGAAGUAUCCUACCGAAUCUGACUGGCCUUCUUAGCUCUGGGACAAAGAAUGGAGCUGAUUCUGAUGAUACCCUAGCAGCAACAUGUCACACUGCCCGUAACCUGAUAAUGUCAGUGCCCGAAAUGGGAAAGAGGGUGCUGAACACUGGCUUGGUCAGCUCACUGAAUGAUAUCAGCAAAAAUAGAAACUUUCCAAAAGCCAGUAAAGCUGCUGCACUCCUGCUGCAUGACCUCUGGGCAGAGAAGGACCUUCAGAGUUUCCUUAAGAAGAAAGGGCUGAGUAAGACCUUCUUUGUAAAUGAAAUCACCACAUCUGCCCACAAGUCUGCUCAGGGUCUCCUGUGAAACAGUGCCUGAGGGAGUGGUUAAGCCUAGAGGAUGGUUUAAGCACAUUUGAAACAUGGAAGUUUGAAGAUGAAAAUCCAGGAGAGAAAGUUGGUUCUGGUCUUGUAGUGUUACAGAUGAAUGUAUUAUUUUUACAUUUGAGAGGUAUUGGUAUUUUUUCAGCAUCUUUUUUUUGUCAACAGAUUUUUUUAAUCAAACACAAGUUUCUUUUUACUGUUACAUUGGAAUUCAGGGACAACACAAGGCUCUUGAUGCUAAAGAUUAAUAAGUCUAGACUGCGACUGAAAGAGCUGAGUGUAGAUCUGUCAGUCACAAGCUACUGUAGCUGUUCUAUAUAUGGUCAUACAAGAUUUAUAGAUGAUUAACGAAGAAUAUUAGGUCAACGACUUGUCUUCAUUGUCCUUUCAAGGUUAUGACAAAACAAAUGCUGAGUUUACACAUCCUGAGCUUAUAAAGAAACAUUUUUGCUAGGGUUGAAUAAUUCCUUAAUAUUACAGGUCACCUUUAAUAUAAAUAAUUUAAGAAAAAAACAUUGUGUGACAAGUUGAAUUUAUAGGAAAUUGGCAGCUAUUCAGUAAAGAUUAAAAUUAAAAUGUUGUGGCUGGGAAGCCUGACAGGGAAUUUUUGCAUACAUAACUUUAUUUUCCUUGCAGGCCAUAAUCUCUUUUAUCAAGGGCAAAAUGGCUAGAGGGGCAUGUGAUGUGUUAAGUUGCUCAGUGUGAACCUGAAUUUCUAGUAUAGCACUUCAGGUUCUAAAUGCUUUUUUAAUGUUGAUACAAUGUGUGUGGCUAUAGUAAAAAAGAUCGUAGCUUUUCCAUAAAAAUCCAAAUAUGCAGACAGGCAAUGGGACUUAAAAUAUUUUCAGGAGUUUUGGCUCAAAGAGUGCAAUCUAUGCACUAUAUUUUUGUUUCAAAGAGAGUUUUGUGCUUAACUUUUGCUUGACUCUAAAGUGAUGUCGUUUACUUGCGGACAAUUAAUAAAUGUUAAUUAAAGUAACACUUAAAGUGUUAAUUAACAUUUUUUAUGGUUUGAAGGCCAGCAAAUAAGGACAUAAGCAUUUUGUCUCAGAACUCUUACCUAGAUGCUAUUAAGCAAAAGUUGGUACUUUCUUUCUCCUGUUCUGUAUAAUAAUUUAGUUAUUUUAUUUUUGUACAGAUACUAUGGACUCUAUUCCUUGUCAUGUUUACUGGUUGUCCUAGAAUGUUUAACGCAAUUUCUUGCACUACUAACAAUUGGUAAUAUUUAGAAUUUGAUACAACAAAAACAAAAUGUGCAGAUGAUUGAUUGUUAAUGGGCAAUUUAGCAAUGAACAAUGUAGUCAGUCAAGAAGGAAAGUUUUAUUUAAAUGUCAUCCUAUGGUGUACUGAUGGAGUCUAUUAAGUAAAUUAAACACAUUUCUAAAUGAA